AUGCCUGGUGGAGUUUGGGCGCUGGCGCUGGCGCUGAUGCUCCUGGCCCCGGGCAAAGCUCAGGAGUGCUCUCCUGGGGGACACCAGUUACUUCAGAGCCCUUAUAGAAGUGUCCAUUUUGACUCAUUGCACCUCCAGCAGUCAGCCAUCCAAGACCUGAUAUGUGACCAUUCCCUCGCUCCUGGAUGGUAUCGAUUUCUCCUCUUUGACAGACCUGCUGAGAUGCCAACCAAGUGUGUCGAGAUGAACCACUGUGGAACACAAGCCCCCAUCUGGCUGUCUCUGAGAGGUUCAGAAACACUACCCUCGCCUGGGGAGACCAAGCAACUCACAGCUUGUGCCACAUGGCAGUUUUUGCUCAGCACUACGAAAGACUGUUGUCUUUUUCAAAUCCCAGUGUCUGUAAGAAACUGUGGACAAUUUUUUGUGUACUUCCUACAACCUACUCAGGGGUGCAUGGGAUAUUGUGCAGAAGCUGUUUCUGAUGCAAAAUUACACCCAUGUGGCCCUGACGAAAUUGAAAUUGGAGAUGACUGUGUUUGUCAGAUGUCUGCCUCUUUGCCACCACCGCCUCCAGGAAGGCCUGAGGUUGUGGUGGAGCUGAUUGAGUCUAAGGUUUUCUGUAGGUGUACUUUUGAUGUUUCCCCUACAAGCAACUCAGUGGGAUUUCUCAUAGUCUGGUCUAGGCUUUCUUUUCAAGAAAUCAAAGAGGAGCUGAAGCAAGAGACCACAGUUCAGGCAUUCUCUCUUUUAGAACUGGAUGGCAUCAAUCUCAGACUUGGAGACAGGAUAUUCUGUACUGCUUCCAUCUUUUUCUUGGAGAAACCAGAUGUACAAAGUUCAGCAAUCGAAAGCCAAGAAUUUUUUGCAGGCAUUAAGUUACAACCUGAAUCCAGCACUAUAUCAGAAGAUGGCAAAGAAUACCAGCUGAGGAUAGAGAGCACCGUUCCUGUCGUUUGUCCUGAAUUCAGGGAGCUUGAUCAGGAAUGCAAAAUCUCAUUAAAGCUGAAAACUGUGGAUCAAGGUAAAGAACACUUAGGUUUAAAUUUGGCAUUGUCUUCCUGUCACGUGGACCUUCACCAGACAUCCUGUGCUAACGGAACCUGCAGCCAUGCUCUUGUGUACUAUACUGCUAUCACAGAUUUUUCUCGAGAUGGAAAUAGAAUUACAGACAUUAUAGUGGAACCUAUAGUUAAUGAAGAUUUCCUGUGGAACAGCUACGUUCCAGACAGCAUCCAGAUCAGAGUAAAGGAUGUCCCAACUGCUUACUGCUAUUCAUUUACUGACCCACAUAUAAUUACAUUUGAUGGCAGGGUAUAUGAUAAUUUCAAGACUGGAACAUUUGUACUCUAUAAGAGUAUGUCACGUGAUUUUGAAGUCCAUGUACGUCAAUGGGACUGUGGAAGCCUUCACUAUCCUGUGUCAUGUAACUGCGGGUUUGUUGCCAAAGAGGAAGGUGAUGUAGUUACUUUCGAUAUGUGCGGUGGUCAGCUACAUGAAUCACAGCCAUAUUUAUUUGUAAAGAGCCAAAGUGUAACCAGCAAUAUCAAGAUAACUGAAUCUUACUUAGGAAGAAAAGUCACAAUCUGGUUUUCUUCUGGAGCCUUUAUCCGUGCUGAUCUUAGCGAAUGGGGCAUGAGUUUAACAGUCAGAGCCCCGAGCUUAGAUUACAGAAACACUUUGGGACUUUGUGGCACCUUUGAUGAAAACCCAGAAAAUGAUUUUCAUGACAAAAAUGGGAUCAAAAUCGAUCAAACUUUUAAUAAUUGUGUGGCUUUUAUUAAUGAAUGGAGGAUUUUACCAGGAAAAAGCAUGUUUGACACAACGCCAAUUUCUCGGCCAUCACCUGGAAAACCAUCCUAUUGUAGCUGCUCAUGUGACACCGCUUCGUUGUAUCCAUCUUCUCAUCAUCUAGACAGUGUUUCUCAACCAGACAUUGUUUCAGGUUGCAAAGACCUCAAACAUGUCCAAUUCUCUUCCUUGAUACCAGAACUAGAUGUCACCUCUGAAUACAUAAAUUCAGAAGCUCUUGACAGAGGGAGAAAGAAGCAUACAUCUCAAGAAGAAAAUAAUCCAAUUUUUUUUCCUCAAGAAAAUAAGCAUGUGAACCUAACCAAACUGGACUUCAAUUUACAAAAACACCCUGAGAAUGAGAAACAAGAUGCCCCCAAAACUUUGGAUAAUGGGACACACACACAGAACCAGGUUAGCCACAGCCAAGAAACAGGGUGGCAUCGACAAACCAGAUGGAAACGGCAAAACUUUUAUGAGUUUCUUCCUUUGUUUGCUUUCCAAAGUCUCAGCCAGAGUAAUGUAGAAGAGUUUCCUUAUUUUUUCCCUGAGGACCAUACAGAGGAUGUCCGCCCAGAGUUUGUCCCCAUGUGGCCCACACCCUCUGGCCUCACAGAAGACAGCACAUUGUCACUGUGUCAGCAGACUCUGGCCAACUCCAGCAUAGGAAGGCACUGUCUUGCCUUUCUUGGCAAGAGACUAGCCAGUGUUACAGAUAUGUGCAUUAAGGAUGUUCUCCUAAAAGAUGAUCUUACCUGGGCAGAAGCAGGUGUGGCCCUUUUAGAAAACGAAUGUGAAAGGAGGAUUUUGGAAGAAGGGAAAUAUAACACAGAAGAAUACGGUAAAUCCAUUGAAGACAUUCUCUUGGUAUUGAAAUGCCCCAAUUUAUGCAGCGGCAAUGGGCAGUGUGUGCAUUGGGGAUGUAUGUGUUCCCCAGGCUUUAGCUCCUAUGAUUGCAGCGAGUCACAUGACAAGACUCCUGAAAUUAUGGACCUUGAGAACGCUGGAUUCUGUAAUAUUAGAAAAUAUAAUUGUAUGAUGGUGAGAGUUUUUGGUCAAGGCUUCAAAGAAUCACCUUCAUUUAAAUGUGAAGUUACUAAGCUGCAGUAUCAUAGCAGUAAAUGGGUCCUUGGAGAAGCCGUCUAUGUGCCUACUGUUUUUCAAAAUAGCAGAACUGUUGAUUGUCAGCUGCCUGCUGAUGCACAUCAGUCUGCUACCAUGGAUCUCACGCAUGAGAAACCAAUGGUGAAGUGGCAAUUAAAGGUAUCUAAUGAUGGUCAUAGGUUCAGUAAUCCCAAAAUAAUGAUCAUAUAUGAUGGGGCUUGUCAAGUUUGUGGUCUCUAUGAAAAGGACUCAUGCACAACAAAGGAAAAUAUUUGCAUUAUUGAUGGAAUCUGCUACAUUGAAGGGGAUAAAAAUCCUACCAGUCCUUGUUUGAUUUGUAGACCUAACAUUUCAAAAUUUACUUGGUCAUUUUUAGAAAACAACCAAUCCCCAAUGAUUCAAAUGCAGCAAGACAAAUUACAGACAUUUUAUGGGGAAAACUUUGUGUAUCAGUUCAUGGCCUUUGAUCCAGAAGGCUCUGACAUCCAUUUUACCUUGCACUCUGGUCCUGAAGGUGCAAAUGUUUCCUCUUCAGGACUUCUUACAUGGAAAACAGAGUCACAAAUUCCCCAGCAAUUCACUCUACACAUUAGCGAUGACUGCAAUGCUGAAACUAAAGUCACAAUUGAGUUGACUGUAAAGUCUUGUGAUUGCUUGAAUGGUGGAUCAUGUGUAUCUGAUAUUAAAUUUCCUCCAGGAAGUGGAGCAUACCUGUGUGUCUGCUUGCCUGGAUUCCAGGGCAGUCUCUGUGAAGUGAAUGUCACUGAGUGCCAUUCGAACCCUUGUGGCUGUGGCAGGUGUAUCAGUGAACUUCACAGUUAUGCCUGUGUUUGUCCACCUGAGCUCAAAGGAAACAACUGCCAGGAAGAUGUUGAUGAGUGUGAAUCCAGGCCUUGCUUUCCAGGAGUAGAGUGCCUCAAUACUUUUGCUUCUUAUCAUUGUGGUUCAUGUCCAAAAGGAUUUUAUGGUGAUGGAAAAAUAUGUCAUGAUAUAAAUUUUCAGCCACCAUCAACAGAUCAUUCACCAACUGAUGCAAGUUUUACCCACAGCCCUGCUACUAUCAAAAAAAUCUUGGACACAACCUAUGACAUCUCGCACUUCUCACUAAAAUCAACUCGAAUGAUUAAUUCAGAGAAGGCUAUUUCCCAUCAGAUACCAGAUUUUGAACAUGCGGAUCAUACUCUCAGUACAAAUCUCCGCCUGGGGAAGUUGGAAGUUUCUAUGAACAACCAUAGUUCUUUAAGCAUUAACCCAAAUCAUUCCCAUGGUGGAGUUAAGAACGUUACCCAGGGCACCAUCCAAACAGAGGCAGGAGGGUAUAAUUCUGCAAUUAACACAUUUGUCCAAGGUUACACACAGCAUAAGGAUGGGUUUACAGCAUCAGUGACUAAGGCCAUCACUAUUUUGCCGAAAAAGCCUGGAUUGACCAAAAUAUCGACUUGUGCUGACUUGCCUUGCUUCCUUGGUGUUCCCUGUGUGCCAACCACAGAAGGUCACUUCCGAUGUGGACGCUGCCCCUAUGGAUAUUAUGGAGAUGGUAUCAAUUGCAGAGCCAUUUGUAGACACCCAUGUGGAAAAGACAGGGAGUGUAUUGCCCCAAACAUAUGCAAAUGUAAAACUGGUUACACUGGCUCUAACUGCCAAACUGCUGUAUGUCAUCCUGAAUGCAAAAGCCAUGGAAAGUGUAUUAAGCCUAACAUUUGCGAAUGUCCCCCAGGACAUGGUGGAGCAACCUGUGAUGAAGAAGAUUGUAGCCCAGCUUGUCAACAUGGUGGCACCUGCCUGGCUGGAAAUCUCUGUACUUGUCCUUAUGGUUUUGUGGGACCAAGGUGUGAAACAAUGGUUUGUAAUAGGCACUGUGAAAAUGGAGGUGAAUGUCUUACACCAGAUGUUUGCCAGUGCAAGCCUGGCUGGUAUGGACCCACCUGUAGUACAGCUCUCUGUCACCCUCCCUGUAAGAAUGGUGGUCACUGCAUAAGAAAUAACAUGUGCGCCUGUCGUGAAGGAUACACCGGUAGGAGAUGCCAAAAAAGUAUCUGUGAUCCCAUGUGCAUGAAUGGAGGAAAAUGUGUUGGGCCAAACGUUUGCUCUUGUCCUUCUGGUUGGAGAGGGAAACAAUGCAACACACCUAUCUGUUUUCAGAAAUGUAAAAAUGGUGGCGAAUGUAUUGCUCCCAAUAUAUGUCAUUGUCCUGCCACAUGGGGAGGACUGCAGUGUCAAAUACCAAUUUGCAAUCAAAAAUGUCUCCAUGGAGGCAGAUGCAUAUUUCCCAAUGUCUGUUCUUGCCGCACUGGAUAUUCUGGAAUCAAAUGUGAAAAUAAAAUACAG